GCAAGCGGCUGGGCCCCGCCCCCCCGGGGACGGGGCUAGAAAAGCAGCCGCCGGCGCCCGCUCGCCUCAUUCGGUUACUUCCAGCGACUCUUCGCUUGUCGGGAGAAGUAACGUCCCCGCUGCCUGCGCCCGCCCGCCCCGCAGCAUGCGUGAGUGCAUCUCUAUCCACGUCGGCCAGGCUGGUGUCCAGAUCGGCAACGCCUGCUGGGAGCUCUACUGCCUGGAACAUGGGAUCCAGCCUGAUGGCCAGAUGCCCAGUGACAAGACCAUCGGUGGAGGAGAUGACUCCUUCAACACCUUCUUCAGUGAGACAGGCGCUGGCAAGCACGUCCCCAGAGCCGUGUUUGUGGACUUGGAGCCAACAGUCAUAGAUGAAGUGCGCACUGGAACCUACCGCCAACUUUUCCAUCCUGAGCAGCUCAUCACUGGCAAGGAAGAUGCUGCCAACAACUAUGCCCGUGGGCACUACACCAUUGGGAAAGAAAUCAUUGACCUAGUUCUCGACAGGAUCCGCAAGCUGGCCGACCAGUGCACAGGUCUCCAGGGCUUCCUGGUCUUCCACAGCUUUGGAGGUGGCACUGGUUCUGGGUUCACCUCCCUGCUGAUGGAGCGUCUGUCUGUUGACUAUGGCAAGAAAUCCAAGCUGGAGUUCUCCAUCUACCCUGCUCCUCAGGUCUCCACCGCAGUGGUGGAGCCCUACAACUCCAUCCUGACCACCCACACCACCCUGGAGCACUCUGACUGCGCCUUCAUGGUAGACAACGAGGCCAUCUAUGACAUCUGCCGCAGGAACCUGGACAUUGAGCGCCCCACCUACACCAACCUGAACCGUCUCAUUAGCCAGAUCGUGUCCUCCAUCACUGCCUCCCUCCGAUUUGAUGGUGCCCUGAAUGUAGAUCUGACAGAGUUCCAGACCAACUUGGUGCCCUACCCCCGUAUCCACUUCCCUCUGGCCACCUAUGCCCCAGUCAUCUCUGCUGAGAAAGCUUACCAUGAGCAGCUUUCUGUAGCAGAGAUCACAAACGCUUGCUUUGAGCCAGCCAACCAGAUGGUGAAAUGUGACCCUCGCCACGGGAAAUACAUGGCCUGCUGCCUGUUGUACCGUGGGGACGUGGUUCCCAAAGAUGUCAAUGCUGCUAUUGCCACCAUCAAAACCAAGCGUAGCAUCCAGUUUGUGGACUGGUGCCCAACUGGCUUCAAGGUUGGUAUCAACUACCAGCCUCCCACUGUGGUUCCUGGCGGUGACCUGGCCAAGGUGCAGCGGGCCGUGUGCAUGCUCAGCAACACCACAGCCAUAGCUGAGGCCUGGGCUCGUCUGGACCACAAGUUUGACCUGAUGUACGCCAAGCGUGCCUUUGUUCACUGGUACGUAGGGGAGGGGAUGGAGGAAGGCGAAUUCUCGGAGGCUCGGGAGGACAUGGCUGCCCUAGAGAAGGAUUACGAAGAGGUUGGUGUGGAUUCUGUUGAAGGGGAGGGUGAAGAGGAAGGGGAGGAAUAGAUUAAUCCUCUUAAAUCCCUGCAGCAUGUCCUGUGUCCACAAAACUUCACCUUAAAACACUUAGCUUACUUGUUAACUAGGGAAGCGAUGGAUGGUACACAAUGGUAUGAAGGAGCCUUUAAGGAGUACAGCAAUCUGACUAGUUCCCACUGUUUCAAAAUCUGAUCAUGUCAGUUUUCCAUUUGUCUUUGUAAACAUAUGUCUAUGAAAUAAAGGCUUUAAAAAAAAAGAUU